GGUCGAAAACUAAGCAUAAGUUCUAAACAUUCGGAAUCACGUUUUUGCCUUUUGCAAAGGUAUUAUUGACUCAAACCUGUAGUGGUUUGUGAUUAUGCCCAUUAAAAGGGGUCAUAUUGCACCACACAACACCUACAUUGUAACUCUUAUUAGGAAUUUUGACUCUCAGUAUGAAAACUUUAUCGUGGCAAAUGCCACACUUCCUUCCAGACCAAUUAUUUACUGUAGUGAUGGGUUUUGCGAACUUCUUCGAUAUACGAAGGGCCAGCUUAUGCUCAAGUCUUCAGCUUUAUCAAUUUUCUAUGGACCGGAGACUACUGUUGAUUCGAUGGAGACUUUGUUGGCAGCCCUUAAUCAGACUAACGAGACGGAAGUGCUUAUGAACCUUUAUUCCAGAGAUAAUUGCGUUAUAUGCUUCCGCAUUGUUGUAACUCCUGUCCGAGACGAGACUGGUGGGUUGCCACUCUACCUACUUUUUUUCAGGGAAGAGAUCAGUAACACACAAACCCUCGUGCAAAUGAACAAAGGACCAGGUCUGCGCACAAAGUGGCAGCUAAAAUCUUUUCGAGUAAACAAAAGCCCUAACCAUAUUCCGAAAAAUCCCAUUCGAACUAACAUAUCAAAAUCUACCAAACCUUCUGUCUUAGACGUGAGAAAGCAUUUCAGAGAUAAGAAGUGUGAUACAUCUGAUUCGAAGCUGGGCACGGUAGGUGAAGGUACUACUAUAACAGAGUCAUUGGCUCGUCCACAAAGCUUAUCUUCAAGCGAUCAGAUCCAAUUUAUUGGAGACUAUCCAAAUGAGUCUGUAUCUGGUCAGUCUAAAGAAUGUCGUCCAACUUCCUUAUUCUUACCUAAAAGUCAAGAUGAUUCACUUAAAAGAGAAUCUCUAUCAAAAAUCGAUGUUUCAGAAAGCCAGCACGGGACUCCUAAAUGCUCUGACAAAUCUAAGCGUAGACCAUCUACAUGGUAUAGAGGUUACACUGAAGAUGAGAGUUCAGAAAUAAUUCAUGGUUCUUCCAGAAAAAGCCGGCACUUACAUCCAACCACUGAAGAGUCUGAGGCCCUGCAAUUGGUGCUGAGUAGUCAUGCAGAGCCACCAAAAUCAUCCGUUACUGAGAAAUUUGCUCAAUUUCUAUCUAUGGAUGAAGAUUUACAUGUUGAGCAUCGUUUUCAAUCUCCACGUAUGCAUAAAUUUACAUUGAAACAUUAUAGUGUUUUUAAAGCUGUUUGGGAUUGGAUUAUAUUAGCACUUAUUAUCUAUACAGCUAUUUUUACUCCAUAUGUAACUGUUUUUCUCAUGAAUACAGGAAAUAAAUAUGCAAAAUUAAUUUCAUCAGGAAACAUAACAACAACAACACCACCGACAGCGAUCACUUUUGAUAUAAAUCGUACACAGAAUGAAUCUUCAACAAAUAAUCAUUCUGAAUCAUCAGAUAUUCUUCAUACUGCCCACCCAUCAAUCACUACCUCUUCAUCGUCACCAACAUUAUUAUCUACAGUGGACAUCUUAGUUGAUGUCAUGUUCAUCAUUGAUAUUUUAAUUAAUUUUCGUACAACUUAUGUGAAUAAAAAUGAUGAAGUUGUCUCACAUCCGAAACGUAUAGCUGCUCAUUAUAUUAAAGGCUGGUUUAUUAUUGAUCUGGUAGCGGCGAUCCCAUUCGAUUUGUUAUUUUUUCGUACAGCUGGAGAUCAACCUACUGCUCUAACAGGUUUAUUAAAAUCAGCUCGUCUUUUACGUUUAGUGGGUAUCGUACGUAAAUUGGAUCGAUAUUCGGAAUAUGGUGCUUCUAUUUUAGUACUAUUAACAGCAUUAUUCGCUUUAAUUGCCCAUUGGUUGGCGUGUAUUUGGUAUGCUAUUGGUAAUGCAGAACAUUUGUAUAGAGAUCCAAAAAUUGGUUGGUUAGAUACAUUGGCUAUACAUACUGAACAAUAUUACACUGAUCAACCGAAUUCCGGUCCUGAUUUAAAAACAAAAUAUAUCACUGCAUUGUAUUUCACUUUUUCUAGUCUUACAUCAAUUGGUUUCGGUAAUGUCAGUCCUAACACAAAUGCUGAAAAAGUAUUCUCUAUUAUAGUAAUGUUAGUUGGUUCUUUAAUGUAUGCAAGUAUAUUUGGUAAUGUUGGUGCAUUAAUUCAACGUCUUUAUAGUGGCACAGCCAGAUAUCACGCACAAAUGUUACGUAUUAAAGAAUUUAUACGUUUUCAUCAAAUUCCAAGUCCAUUACGUCAACGGUUAGAAGAAUAUUCUACACAAGUAUGGGAGCAUACAAAUGGGAUAGAUAUGACAAUGGUUCAGUAUAGUUUUCCGGAAUCAUUACAAUCUGAUAUUUGCCUUUAUGUAUAUCGUCAUUUUUUAAGCGGAUCAGCUGCAUUUAAAUCAUUAAAUGAUGGUUGCCUUCGAAAUAUCUCUUUAAGAAUUCGUUCUUCUCAUAUGCCACCAAGUGAUACUUUAGUACAUACUGGUGAUUUACUCACAGCUAUGUAUUAUGUUGUUAAAGGCAGUUUAGAAGUUGUAACAACAGAUGAUAUUAUUUUAGGUGUAUUAAAUCCUGGUGAUUUUUUUGGUGGUCUACCUCCAUUAGCUAGUGUACAAAAAAAUCCUUAUACUGUACAAAUGAAUUGUGGAUGGGAUUAUUGGUCAGAGAAUCAUUUGAAUCCUAUGAAUACAAAUGCAAAAUAUAUGCAAAUGGAUGAUUAUUCAUCUAUGCCUAAUACUACUGGUACUACUACUAAUUAUAAUAAUACUAAUAAUCAUAAUCAUAAUUCAAACAGUGUAAUUUAUCAACCAAAUCCACCUCCAAAAUCACGUUUUGCUGUUCGUGCAUUAACUUAUGCUGAUGUACAAUUUAUUGAUCGGCAUGAUUUAGCUGAAUUAUGUUCUAUUUAUCCAGAAUUAUCAUUAAGAUUAUUAGAACGUUUUGAAUUAACAUUACCGCUAACUAUUUCAUCUGAUACAAAACUUACCAAUACUACUAAUACGGAUCGUUGUUCUACCAUACCUAAUGUUGAAUCUUUCUUAGAUGCAACAUCAUCAUGGCAUAUUGUUUGUUCACUUUUAACUGGUUCAUUAACAUCACCUGGAUUAUCGAAACGUCCAAGUGAUUAUUCAAAAUUUUGUAUGUUAAAUGAAACGUCAUAUCAAAAUAGAUGUUUUGAUAAUCCAUUUAUUGGGAAACCAUCAUGGGAAUUAGAACGUUAUCAACGUUUAUUUGAUCACGGUGCAUUGUCAUUUCAUUUAACUAGUUAUUCAAAUGCUCAAAUUCCUGUAUGUUUUAUUGAUACAUUAUAUAAUAAUAAUGAUAGUAAUAAUAAUAAUACUUCAGGUGUUACUGCACCGUCCACACAUAAACAUAAUCCAGUUACACGUAAAUCAGAAUCAUUUACUAUGUGUUCAACGCAUUCAUCUGAACAAAAUCAUUCAUUGCCUAUUACACCUGUGACAAAUACUCAAACAUUACAUGAACGUCGAAUGCGUAUGCGAUUAGCGCGUAAUCUUCCAACCAGACAACAUCAACAAGUACCACCUCCGACAAUACCAUCAGUCCUAGUGCCUCCUACUUCUUCUUCUAGUUCUUCUGUGUCAAACCUUCCAGUAAAAUCAUCUGAUAAAAAUCAUAUGAUUCAUUCAUCUGUGAUAUAUCAACCGACAACUUUACGUGAUUUGAAUAAUCUAAACGAAGAGAAAGAAAUUAUUGAUUUGCUUGUGAAGCGUUUUGCUAGUGUAGAAAAACAAAUUGAGAAUCUUGACGUUCGUAUUUCUCAAUCGGUUACUACUAUUUUACAACAAUUAGAAAUGAAAAUAACAAAGCAUCGAUCAAUUCCAAUGUGAUAGAUUCAAUGAAUAGUUUGAUUAUUUUAUUUUCCAUUGUUUUAAACAUGUUUGCUCAAGUAUUUAGUUCUUCUUCUUCUUCUUCUUCUUCUUCUUCUUCUUCUUCUUCUUCUUCUUCUUCGUUUAGUAUUAGUAUCAGUAUUAUUGUUAGUAAUAAUAAUAAUAAUGGUCAGUGUUAUUAUUCGUAGUAUUCAUUUUGAAGCAUGGUAGAGUGUUUCUAUCCUCUAUAUAUCUAAUAACCUAUACAAAGGAAAAAAAACUCCUUUCUGAACUUUUAAUUAUGUAUAUGUAAUGAUCUUCUUGUAAUAUAAAUUAAUUUCUACUUAGAUAGAGAAACAAGAUUGUUUCUAGAAUUUUAUGAGUUUUGAUUUGAAUUGUCAUUAUUGAUUUAUUCAUGUAGUUUUUUUGUUUUGUUUAUUAUACUACUAAUCACAAAGUAUACCUGUAGAGUAUGUGCAUUUCUAUCGAAUGUAUAUACUUAACACAUUCGUAUAAAAAUGAAAACAUUUAAUGAUCAAAUAACCAUGGUAACAAUAUUAUACCAUGAGUUGUUAAGUCAUUUUUCAGAUGUUGUUCCCUUUUUUUUGGUGUGUGUAUAGAUUACUUUUGCCAAUGAAUCCUUAGUGGUGGUGGUAGUGUGUUCUCGUUUAUUUUUCUUGUAGACAAAUAAAAGUGAAAUAACCAAUGAUUGUUUACUUUUCUUGUUUUUGUUUAUUAUUGAUUGAAUUCAUUAUUUGUAAAAUUAUUCAUUAUUUCUAUUAUAUUCAUCUUUUCAAUUCAUCAAUUUGAUCUAAUCAAAACGAUGUAUUCAAUAUUGAAUAGAAAAAAAUGGACGAAAUUUAUGUAUAAACAUUGAACAUAGAAACUAUUAGUGCAAUAGAAACAGAAUAUAUUUUCUUUAAAUAGUAGAAAAAAAUUUCUUUAAUAUAUUUAUCUUUCAUAGAAAAUUUAUUUUUUAUUUUUUUCCCCCCCUCCCUCUUCUGUUUUAACGAUAUACUUAGUGAAUAAUUUGCAAAACAUUAUCGAUUUUUUGUUGUUGUUCAUUUAUGCAAUUAUUGUGUGUUUUUUUUUUGGUACAUUUUAUUUAAACAAAUAACGAACCAAGAAAAGGCAUUUAUUAUCCACCAUGUAAUGGGAGGUACUCAUCUAUCAACCACUGGUAACUCUAUCUAAUAUACAGAGAUUAUUCUGUUCAAUAUUAUUUUAUCUAGUUUUAUUUUCUCUUCUAUUUCGUUGUGAUUUAUUUCCACCCCCGACCCUCCAGAAAAUGGUUUUCUUUUAUGUGUGCAAUAAUAAUUCCUUUUUUUUGUGUGUGUGUUUUAAGGGAGUUGUUCAUUCAUUGUUACGUUGUAGAAAAUUGUAUAGUUGACAUAUUAGAUUAUUCAUAUAAUAACAAUAAUAAUCUUCUUAGAUAAAACAUUAAUUCAUAUAGAAACGUGUAUACAAUCGGAUUCUUCAAUCAUACAUAUUCAACAAAUGAUGAUAACAAUAAUAAAGGACCAAUCCAUUUUCUAGUCGACCUUCUUUUAAACUAUCUUGAUUUGAAAGAACUAUAUUCAACAGUGUUAUAUCCUUUAUUUUGUUUGGUUACAUUAUUUUACAAAAAAGUAUUUGUGUAUUGACAGAAAUAAAUAAAUAGUUGUAUCAUGUCAAAUAUACCAAAUAUAUAUAUAUACUACUCAAUAAAUAUAUUAUAAGUUC